AUGGCUCCCUAUGAAGCUCUGUAUCGUAAAAGGUGUAUGACACCCCUAUGUUGGCUAAAGCCCAGAGAAGAUCUCACCUUAGGAACUGAAGUGGUACAACAAACCACCGAGAAGGUCGAGUUGAUCCAAGAAAGGAUGAGGAUUGCUCAUAGUAAGCAAUAUAGUUAUCAGGAUAAGACGAGGAAAGACCUAGAAUUCGAGGCUGGUGAUCAUGUAUUCUUGAGAGUCACUCCAUGGACUGGGUAUAUCCAUGAUCCGCCUCAUGUGAUCGAAUUGGAUAACAUACAAGUGAAGGAGAACUUGACAUAUGAAAUAUUGCCUUUGAGGAUUGAGGAUAGGCGAACAAAGCACCUAAGAGGGAAGGAGAUUCCAUUGGUCAAGGUGAUCUGGGGAGGUGCAUCACGACAAGAUGCCACGUGGGAAUUAGAGAGUCAGAUACGAGUAGCCUAUCCAUCCUUGUUUGAGUCAGGAAAAUUUUGGGGACAAAAUUUCUAA